GGAGCAUUUCCGGCGUUUACGACAAUCACAAAGGGGGCGUGUCAUAUGACAAAGUGAAAGUUGCAAAAAUGUUGUUGAUGUUCGAAGACCAGCACAAGGAACACUUGUCGUUUCUUGCAAAAGUCAGUCCAGAUGUGGUUAAGGAAUUCUGCAGAAUCAGUAUGGAAUUCAUCAGAAAAGGGACGAAUCCAAAGAUUUUCCAAGGAGCUGCACAGAAGCUGAACGUUGAUGCAGACACUGUACAGCAUGGAGUGGAAGGACUUAUGUACUUAUUGACAGAAAGCUCUAAGCUGAUGCUGAAUGAGAUUGAUUUCCAAGACUCCAUUAUGACACUUGGCUUUGAGGAGGACAUCAGGCAGACACUUCUGGAGAUCUACCUCCAGAAUCGCCGAGAAAUUAGAACCAUUUUAUCUGAGAUGUCCAUGGACCUACCCCACUACCACAACCUGGAGUGGAGGUUUGAUGUACAGGUAUGUGUUGCUGUUAUAAAGCAAUGACAACAAGAGCACAGC